AUUAGAUGGAAAUUUGGAAUUGUUGGUGGACGCACGUGGUGAUUUUUUUAUUGGAGUUGACGUGUUUAUCGCGUGGUAUUUAAGGGUGAUAAAUUGUGGGUGAGGCUCGGAUAGAAAGGAAUAGCGAUUUGUCAGAAAAAUGCAGCACGACGACGUCGUCUGGAGCAUUAUCAAUAAAUCGUUUUGCUCGUUCAAAGUCAAUACGAAGGGCCAGAGGUUCUGCAGAAAUGAGUAUAAUUUGACAGGAUUGUGCAGUCGAGCUUCAUGCCCUUUGGCCAACAGUCAGUAUGCCACUGUGAGAGAGGAAAACGGAAUUAUUUACUUGUUCAUGAGGACUGCAGAACGAAUUCAUGAGCCUAAAAAUCAAUGGGAAAAGGUGAAGCUGUCUAGGAACUUCGAGAAAGCCAUCCACCAGAUUAACGAGAACCUGCUGUAUUGGCCAGGAUUCAUCAAGGCAAAAUGCAAACAGAGAUUCGUGAAGAUCACUCAGUACCUCAUUCGCAUGAGGAAGUUGAGGCUCAGGCGUCAGAAAAAACUCGUACCAUUACAAAGAAAGAUUGAGAGAAGGGAGAGGAGGCGAGAGGAGAAGGCUCUGGUUGCCGCCAAGCUCGAUACUGCUAUUGAGAAACAAUUGAUGGACAGAUUGAAGCAAGGAAUGUACCAGGAUAUCUACAAUUUCCCACAACAAGUGUUCGACAAGGCUGUGGAGGCUGUCGAAGUGGAAGGCGAGAGCGAACGAGAAAGUGAAGCUGAGGAGGAAAGUGAGCAGGAAAUUGAGAAAGAAGUCGAAAUGGAGUUGGAAGCAGAUGCUAAUGCAUUUGCCAAAAAUGGAGGGAGAUUCGUGGAGGCUGUGAGUGACAGUGAUGACGAUGAUGAUAAUUACGAAGUGGAAGUAGAGAGUGAUUCUGGGCAGAGAGAGCGAGUCGAAUUGUCCGAUAGUUUUCAGAGUGAUACAAGUGACAUCGAGGACAUCAUGCCUACCACCAGCAAAUCGAAAUCAAAACUAGGUCAAGGGAGGAAAAAACAGUCCAAACGACCUAAAGUCGAGAUUGAAUACGAAACUGAGGAUACACCUAGAGAGCGAUUACGAACUUAACAUUUAUUUAAAAACUGUUAUUUUACAUUGUAAUACAGACCUUUCAAAUUAAAAUAAAAAAAUUAUUACCUUUUGUU